AUGGAGGCUACCCAUUCGGAUGGAAAUCAGGUGGAAAUGCAACAAGAAUGCGAACACAGUGAAAAUGCACCUGCAAUAUCCAGCUCUACGGAUUUGAAUCAUGAAGCACUUUGCCCACAAUACGAUUCUCCGCCGCCUGUUGCAAAUCUCGAAGAUUACCCAAUAGCUUCGGAAUUACCUCCUGAAUAUGACAGUGGAUACAAUCAGGCAUUAAAAAUGUAUAUUUACCCAAUAGCUUCAGAAUUACCUCCAGAAUAUGACAGUCGAUACAAUCAGGACUGGGGUAAAAAUCAAUCUACUGCACUUCCGCAAUCUAGUCAAUCCGUUGCUCAACAUCAGCAUUAUCAAAUUGACCCAAGAAGUAUGCAUAUUCCAAGGAUACCGACAUACGAUGAAGCUGAAAGACAUAAGCAAGGUUCCGUUCGGCCAAGGCGUCGGCGUGAAGAGGAACUUACUGAUGAUGAACUUGGAACAGGAUUUGCUUUUAUGGGUUCAAUGUUUGUAUCAUUCAUAUUUAGUUGGAUUGGCUUUAUAAUUUGCUACUGUGCUAGUAGCACUGUAGCCGGACGUUACGGAGCAUUUGCCGGAUUUGGUUUAUCACUUAUUAAAUGGGCUAUAAUAUUACAGCAUGUCAAAUUUGACGGCAGUACUAAUGGAGAUAAUUGGCUCUGGUGGCUCGUAGUUGCUUUCGUGUGGUUUGGUGAUAUAACGUAA